GGUGCGGCCGGAUCUAGGAGGCCACCGCCCGCCAGCUUCCCGCGGCGCGGCCCGGCGGUAUUCGCAGGCUGGCUAUCGUUUUACUUGUGGUCGUGGAGGGCAUAAUUAGCAUAUAACACUGCUCUAUUGAAAAUGGCGGAGUUCUUUCAGCUUGAGGAAGUGGAUGGGAUAAGGAUGCCAUGGAAUGUUAUUCCGGGCACAAGGGAGGAUGCUUUGAGCUGCGUGGUCCCUGUUUCUGCCAUCUAUACUCCUCUUAAGCCAAUCGAUAAGAUGACAGUAGUCCCAUAUUCUCCCCUUCGCUGCCGCAUGUGUCGUUCGAUCCUCAACCCCUUCUCCAGUGUUGACUAUAAUUCCAAGAUCUGGCAGUGUACAUUCUGCUUUCAGCGCAAUCAAUUCCCUCAACACUACUCCUCGAUCUCAGAAAAUAAUCUCCCUCCAGAACUCUUCCCUCAGUAUACCACUAUGGAGUACAUAUCCGCUGCCGAAACUGGUCCUGUGGCGCCUCCAGUUUUCAUGUUUGUCGUGGAUACUUGCAUGAUCGAGGAAGAAAUUGAUUAUUUGAAGUCUGCUCUGGCGCAGACUGCCGAGCUAUUGCCAGAUAAUUCCCUUGUUGGAUUCAUUACUUUUGGGACAUAUGUACAGGUGCAUGAAUUGGGUUUUGGCUUGCUGCCAAAGUCAUAUGUGUUCAAGGGAACAAAAGAGGUCAGCAAGGAACAAAUAUUGGAUCAAAUGUGCUUCUUUUCUGGCAAGCAAAAGCCCACCACGGGGGUGAUAGCUGGAACUAGGGAUGGUCUUUCAUCAGAGAGCAUCUCUAGGUUCCUGGUGCCUGCUUCUGAGUGCGAGUUUGUAUUGAACUCAGUUAUCGAAGGUCUGCAAAAAGACCCUUGGCAUAUUCCAGCUGAUCAACGUGCAUCAAGAUGCACUGGAGCUGCAUUAAGUGUGGCAGCCAGUCUCCUGGGCGUUUGUGUCCCUGGCUCAGGUGCUAGGAUCAUGGCAUUUAUUGGUGGCCCGUCUACAGAGGGACCUGGUUCUAUUGUAUCCAAAUCCUUGUCAGAGCCAAUUCGCUCACACAAAGACCUCGAUAAAGACUCGGCUCCACUUUAUGAUAAAGCUGUUAAGUUCUAUGAUCAGAUUGCCAAGCAGCUUGUGCACCAAGGACAUGUUCUGGAUUUGUUUGCAUGUGCAGUCGACCAGGUUGGUGUUGCUGAAAUGAAGGUUGCAAUUGAGAAGACUGGGGGAAUUGUUGUGCUUGCUGAAAGUUUUGGUCACUCUGUUUUCAAAGACUCGCUUCUCCGCAUCUUUCAGUCAGCAGACAACAACCUUGGAUUAUCAUUCAAUGGUAUUCUUGAGAUUAACUGCUCAAAAGACGUAAAGAUUCAAGGCAUUAUUGGGCCUUGUACUUCCCUGGAGAAGAAAAGUCCCCUGUCUGCAGAUACUGUUAUUGGUCAGGGAAACACUAGUGCUUGGAAGAUGUGUGGUCUUGACAAGAAAACAUCACUUUGCUUCGUAUAUGAUAUCUCGAGAAAAGUUGGUCCAGAUUCAGUAGCUCAACAGACAAGCAACCAGCUCUACUUUCAAUAUGUAACCUACUAUCAGCAUCAUGAGGGCCAGAUGAGAUUACGGGUUACUACGAUCUCCAGACAAUGGUCUUCUGGUUCUGCUAGUGUGCAGGAGCUGGUUGAUGGCUUUGAUCAAGAAACCGCUGCUGCAGUUGUGGCACGCUUGGUCUCCUUUAAGAUGGAAACUGAGGCUGAUUUCGAUCCAAUAAGAUGGCUUGAUCGAGCCUUGAUACGUUUAUGUACUAAAUUUGGAGACUAUCAGAAGGAGACACCGUCAUCCUUCAGUUUGUCUCCACGUCUAUCAAUAUUUCCCCAGUUUAUGUUUAAUUUGAGGCGUUCUCAGUUUGUUCAGGUUUUUAACAAUAGCCCUGAUGAAACCGCAUAUUUUAGGAUGAUGUUGGAGAGGGAAAAUGUAGGCAAUACAGUUGCGAUGAUUCAGCCUUCACUUAUAUCCUACUCAUUUCAAUCAGAGCCAAUGCCAGUUCUCUUGGAUGUAACUGCAAUUGCUCCUGACAAGAUCCUUUUAUUGGAUUCUUAUUUUACUGUUGUUAUCUUCCAUGGAAUGACCAUUGCACAAUGGCGAAAUGCGGGUUACCAAGAUCAAGAAGGCCACGAGGUCUUUGCCAAGCUGUUAAAAGAUCCACAUGUGGAAGCUGAUACAAUUAUCAAGGAGCGGUUUCCUGUACCCCGUUUGGUUGUCUGUGAUCAACAUGGAUCUCAGGCUCGAUUUUUACUGGCAAAGCUCAAUCCAUCUGUUACGUACAACUCUGAUAAUGCUGCUGCAUCUGGAGGAGACGUGAUAUUCACAGAUGAUGUGAGCUUCGACGUCUUCAUGGAUCAUCUCCAGCGGUUAUCUGUCCAAUAGGAUACUGUCUCACUGCAUAGAACAAUUUUGUACCACCAGCCAUCUCUUCUGCUGUACAGAAAGGAACAUUGUUUAUUUUAUUUUAUUUUAUUUUACGGAGUAUUUAUGAUGCCUUACAUUUGCUUGGGUGAUCUUGGGUUGGUGCUUAUACCAUCCGAUAAAAAGAAUAUAAAUGGUGCAUUUCUGAA